AUGGAUGCGCGGGGGGGCGAGGCGACGCGACGACGGGGGCGCGGGGGGCACGUCGUCGUCACGGAGGAAGAUGUGCGAGGGGUGUUUCAUAUGCCGAUCACGGAGGCGGCGAAAAGGCUCGGGGUGUGCGUCACGGUGUUAAAAGUGCGAUGUCGAGAGCUCGGUAUCGCGCGUUGGCCGUUUCGGAAAAUGAGAAAGCUGGAUAACAUGAUUUCCAUCCUGGAGACGCAAAAAUCGCGCACAGUCGCCGCCGCGAGCGAAGACGAGAAGGCUUCGAAAUUGGAAACGAUCAAGAAGACGCGCGAACUUGUCUUGGCGCAACCAAAUAGCAACGCGCAUGCCAAGUUGGGUAAAAUCAACUCCAAGUUACGGCGUAAAGUGCUCGAGAGUUCGUCGGCGCGCGAAAACUCAGCCGAGGUUUCUGGAAAAUCCGGCGAGUACGGGUCCGUUGGUUCCGGAUCUCAGCGAUCGGCGAGGACGAACGACGAAAGGCUGACAAACAAGAAGAGAUCGCGAGGCGAAAUGGAGCAAACUAGCGCUCCCACUCGCGAUGAUCACGGUAGCCUGGAUCAACUCCUCUCCGCGGCGUCCGUCGUGGUUCAAAAUGACGUUCAUCGAGAGAGCAGCGCUUCACCGGCCGAAUCGACGUUCACACUGGCCGCACCGAUUAUUAGGGACUCUACGGUCCAGCCGUUCCUCGGUGACUUGCUCAAACGCACCCCAGUGAGGCGUGAAUUACCAUCAAACGUCUCUCGGCCGACGCCGAGGCGCUUUGACAUGAACGCCAACCUCCUCCUCGCCGCCGUCGGUGGAACAGCGCUGUAG